AUGCGACGCGUGGUAGUCACUGGCCUGGGUGCCAUAACGCCACUGGGAGUAGGUAUUCGGCGGACCUGGACCCGACUUCUUGCCAGCGACUGCGGUAUUGUCAGCGUUGCGAAUCUCGAACCCUCAGCACGAUGGAAGGAGCUUCCCAGUACCAUUGCCGGAGUUGUACCUCAUGGAAAGAGGGAGGAAGGCAGGUGGCAGGCCUCGGACUGGUUAGCUAAGGGAGAAGAGCGCCGGAUGGCAAAGUUUACGCAGUAUGCGGUUGCUGCCACAGAGAUGGCUCUCGAAGAUGCUGGGUGGAAACCGCAAAGUCAGGAAGACAAGGAGGUGACUGGCGUUUGUUUGGGAAGUGGAAUUGGAAACCUGGAGGAGCUCUAUAAUACCAGCAUAGCCUAUGAUAAGACCGGAUACAAGAAAGUAUCGCCAUUGUUCGUCCCCCAGCUACUCAUCAAUCUGGGCGCAGGACAUAUCUCUAUGAAGUAUGGCUUGCAGGGGCCCAAUCAUGCUGUCACGACUGCUUGCACCACCGGGGCACAUGCCAUUGGAGACGCCUCGCGCUUUAUUGCUUUCGGUGAUGCAGACGUUAUGAUCGCAGGUGGUUCCGAAUCUUGUAUUCAUCCUCUUGCUCUUGCUGGCUUUACGAGAUCUCGCUCACUGGCCACCUCCUACAACGACGACCCUCACUCCGCCUCACGCCCUUUUGAUCGAGAUAGAUGCGGGUUUGUGAUAGCUGAAGGCGCAGGGGUUGUUGUCCUCGAAGAACUAGAGCACGCAAAGGCACGUGGGGCCGAGAUCUAUGCUGAGCUCCAAGGGUAUGGACUUAGUGGAGAUGCCCACCACAUUACUGCCCCAAGAGAGGAUGGGGCGGGCGCCUUACUGGCUAUGAAGAGAGCUCUCAAGAACGCAAGUAUUCGGCCAAAGGAAGUCGAUUAUAUCAAUGCCCAUGCUACAAGCACUCCACUUGGAGACGCUGCCGAGAAUUCUGCUAUCAAGAGUUUAAUGCUUGGGGAGGAUGGUCUCGACAGCGAGAAUCAGAUCGCUGUUAGUAGUACCAAGGGUGCCGUAGGUCAUUUGUUGGGAGCUGCGGGCGCCAUCGAGGCAAUAUUCUCAGUGCUGGCAGUCAAAGAGAAUGUCAUGCCUCCUACGCUCAACUUGCAGAAUGCCGACAACAACUUCAACUGCAACUAUAUACCUUUAUCGGCACAAAAGAAAGAUGUCAAUGUCUCUAUAUCAAAUAGCUUUGGAUUUGGUGGUACCAACGCCUCCUUGGUCUUUACAAAAUAUAAUUGA